GAUAGAGGCAUCUAGACAACACCAUGUGAUCUCUCAUCUCAUGAACACCCUAAUUGAACAAUAAUUUCGAAGAAGAUUUCAUGGUUUAUUGAUUGGAUUUCGAUUGUACUAAUAUCAACACAUGUCUUAUUAAAACAAGAACAAAAUAAGUGAUAUGUUUAGAGCUGUCUACACAACACGUGAAUUAGGGAAACACAGGUCACUUUCAAAGGCUUAUCUUCCAAAAUGAAGGACGUGCAAUCUCACAUUCUGUGUAAUCCUUAACGAAAUCCUUCAAAACAGUGUCAUUUGAUCAUUAAUGAGUCAUGUUUCUUACUACACCCAAUCAAAACAUAACUCAUUCACCAUCGAAUUAGGUAGAUAAUGGUUUCCACCAUCUAUAUAUAUAUUUGCCAUUAGGUUUAUACAAGCAACACAAACCAUUCCUACAAUAAAGCAUCAUAAUUCAAGUUACCUUCUUUCUUCUACUACUUUGAGAUUAUUCUAUCGUUCAGUGUGUGGAGAAACAAAAUGAGUUUUCGCUUACCUAGUAUUAGACGAUCAUCAUUUAGCGCAAGUCAAACAUCAAACAAGGAAGUAGAAGUCACAAAAGGCUAUCUUGCGGUAUAUGUUGGAGAGGAAAUGAAGAGUUUCUUGAUUCCAGUUUCAUUCUUGAACCAACCUUCAUUUCAAGAAUUGUUAAGCCAAGCUGAAGAAGAGUUUGGAUACUGCCAUCCAAUGGGUGGCCUCACAAUUCCCUGCAAGCAAGAUGUGUUCUUACAUACAACUUCUCACUUGAACAGACUAAAAGGAACGGGAAACAGUAAUUGGACAAGGGAAAACGAAAUGCAGAAAAAGGAAACAAAUGUGAAAGGAGAAAACGAGAGAAAGAAGAUGAAGGGAAAAAAAGAUCAAAAAAAUUUGGACCAUUUCUCGAUUUGUGCGUGUCAUCCUUGCGCAGGGGCCAUGCUAAUCUUCUCUGUAUCGUUCCAAUUUUAUCGGAUGUCCCCGAAGGGACAUACUGCAUGGUUAACCUGCGUUAUAUAAAUAUGGAAAAUGGGAUACAUGUAUUCGAUGUGGGACUAAUUGCAACCAAACAUAACAUGCAAAUGCCAAUUCUCAACACUCACUUCACUGGGAGGAAGCGACGAAGAUGCAUUUCCCUCUCAUUCUCAGUGAGUUAAGUUUCAGAUAAAAUAACCAAAGAAGUUCAGACUCAUA